AAACAAGAAGAAUGUCACAGUGAGAGCAACUACAUCCGGUGUUCUGCCAUCAAUAUUUCCGAGCAAACGGUCCACUUGAGUGGAUAAAUAUAUCAUGAAGAUUCCUAGUGUAUACUGAGUAGGGACAAGCCAGGACUUGCGACGACCAAAGUUCUUAAAGUAGACGGCAUCAACCAAGGGAGCCCAGAGCAACUUAAGACUGAAUGGCCAGAAGACAAAACUGAAGAAAGCCUGAUCUGUAUAGCUAACAUUUUUGCUUUGCAAAAUGAGGGGGAUGCUCCCCGCCAGGCCUAAGGGAAUGCCCUGAAGCACGUAAAGAAAGAGUAGUAACAAAAUGCUACUUAGUUCGGAUCUAUAGCUCCGCGGGGCUUUAGGUAAGUCACCAGGGCCGGCAUCACCUAGAAGAACUUCCCGGUCCCCCUCCCCGCCCACCGAGUCUCGGCGACUGUCAUCCCAGCCGCCCGGUGGCAGCGGGCCACUCUUCAUAUCCAGAGCGUGGCUAAACAUGCCUGACCGCCGCUGCCGACUGCUGUCCUUGUGGGAGAUGGUCGGUGACAUAUCAGAGACGACGCAGAGCCCGGUGUGUGGGGGCCUGAGGCUGGCGUUUUGAUCAGUCUAGUCCCAGGUCCAAGGCAGUCUCUCUGGACCCGGGUCACGGUGGUUCAACGCCGGGAGGGCGGACGCGGAGAGACUGGUCGCUGUUUUGCAGCAGGGAGCCAGAUCCCUGGCAGGUGGCCCAGGCGAAGCCUGGGUCGCUGCCCACAGGAGCGACUUCAGGGAGCCGGCAAGAGCUCCCCGUGCAGCCGCACCCGGCUUGAGGCUGGCGGAGCGUGCCGUGGCGCUGCGACGGAGUCUGGCUCUUAACUGCAGCGGGGACUCGAACGCUCUCUUGCCCGUCCACCAGCUGACACUGCAGCGGGCACCCUCCUCAGUAGACACCAGAGGUAAAGGAUAACUUCCUGCCUCGCGCUUCGGGAAGUGGUUCCCUGCCAAAAUGGGUUCCGUGCCUCCCGACGGAGCCAGCGAAUCAGAACAAGUUCCGGUGGCGGCGACCGCGAGCAACGUUUGCUAGGAACCAUUAAUUCCCUCGAUUCUAACCCCGAGGGAGGAAUAACGCCAGCGUACCGAGCGUCCAGGACGGAACGUCUUAACAAACCCGGUUCCGUUUGCGCAUGCGCUUGCAUGGAACUCGUGUGCCUCGGCCAUUGGGCCCUCGUCGCCACGUGAGCGCGGGUUUUCUGGAUUGGCCUAGGCCUUGGUGAUAACAUUGCACAAGAGCCUACUGAGUUCAAUUAGUGGUUCCCUGCAUGUAUGUAUCUUUGGAGGCUAAUCACUGGAGCAUGGGCAACCUACCAGCAGCCACACAUUCAAUGAAAAAUGACUCUUCUCCCAGCAGCCAACAAUUAUCAACAGCUCCUGAGUUAGGGAUGGAGCCUUCUGAGCCCCUCUCCCAUCAAUGUUCUAAUGUUGACUGGAUUGAUCUUGUUCAGCCGGAGAAUGCUGGAGGAGAUCUUAAGGAUGGUUCUCACCAUUACGAAGGAGCUGUUGUCAUUCUGGAUGCUGGAGCCCAGUAUGGGAAAGUCAUUGACCGAAGAGUGCGGGAGCUCUUUGUGCAGUCUGAAAUCUUCCCAUUGGAAACACCAGCCUUCGCCAUAAAGGAACAAGGAUUUCGGGCUAUUAUCAUAUCUGGAGGACCUAAUUCUGUGUAUGCAGAGGAUGCUCCCUGGUUUGAUCCAGCAAUAUUUACCAUUGGCAAGCCUAUUCUAGGAAUUUGCUAUGGCAUGCAGAUGAUGAAUAAAGUCUUUGGAGGCACUGUGCAUAAAAAAAGUGUUAGAGAGGAUGGAGUUUUCAACAUUAGUAUGGAUAAUACGUGUUCAUUAUUCAGGGGCCUGCAGAAGGAAGAAAUUGUUUUACUUACACAUGGAGACAGUGUAGACAAAGUUGCUGAUGGAUUCAAGGUUGUAGCACGUUCUGGGAACAUUGUGGCAGGUAUAGCCAAUGAAUCUAAAAAGCUAUACGGUGUACAGUUCCACCCUGAAGUUGGGCUUACAGAAAAUGGGAAGGUAAUACUGAAGAAUUUCCUGUAUGAUAUAGCUGGAUGCAGUGGGAACUUUACUGUGCAGAACCGAGAACUUGAAUGCAUUCGAGAGAUUAAAGAGAAAGUAGGAACAUCAAAAGUGUUGGUUUUACUCAGUGGUGGUGUAGAUUCAACUGUUUGUACAGCUUUGCUAAAUCGUGCUUUGAACCAAGAUCAAGUCAUUGCUGUACACAUUGAUAAUGGCUUUAUGAGAAAACGAGAAAGCCAAUCUGUUGAAGAGGCCCUCAAAAAGCUUGGAAUUCAAGUCAAAGUGAUAAAUGCUGCUCAUUCCUUCUACAAUGGAACAACUACUCUACCAAUCUCAGAUGAAGACAGGACCCCACGGAAAAGAAUUAGCAAAACAUUAAAUAUGACAACAAGUCCUGAGGAGAAAAGAAAAAUUAUUGGUGAUACUUUCGUUAAGAUUGCCAAUGAAGUAAUUGGAGAAAUGAGUCUGAAGCCCGAGGAGGUUUUUCUCGCCCAAGGCACUUUACGGCCUGAUCUAAUCGAAAGUGCGUCCCUUGUUGCCAGUGGUAAAGCCGAACUCAUCAAAACCCACCACAACGACACAGAACUUAUCAGGAAGUUAAGGGAAGAGGGAAAAGUAAUAGAACCUCUGAAAGAUUUUCAUAAAGAUGAAGUCAGGAUUUUAGGCAGAGAGCUUGACCUGCCAGAAGAAUUGGUUUCCAGGCAUCCUUUUCCAGGUCCUGGCCUGGCAAUCAGAGUAAUAUGUGCUGAAGAACCUUAUAUUUGUAAAGACUUCCCUGAAACCAACAAUAUUUUGAAAAUAGUAGCUGAUUUUUCUGCAAGUGUUAAGAAGCCUCAUACACUGUUACAAAGAGUCAAAGCCUGCACAACAGAAGAGGACCAGGAGAAGCUCAUGCAAAUUACAAGUCUGCAUUCACUCAAUGCUUUCUUGCUGCCAAUUAAGACUGUAGGUGUACAGGGUGACUGUCGUUCUUACAGUUAUGUGUGUGGAAUCUCAAGUAAAGAUGAACCUGACUGGGAAUCUCUUAUUUUCCUUGCCAGACUUAUACCUCGAAUGUGUCAUAACAUUAACAGAGUUGUCUAUAUCUUUGGUCCACCAGUUAAAGAGCCUCCUACAGAUGUUACUCCAACUUUUUUGACAACAGGAGUGCUCAGUACUUUACGCCAAGCUGAUUUUGAGGCCCAUAACAUUCUCAGGGAGUCUGGGUUUGCUGGGAAAAUCAGCCAGAUGCCAGUGAUUUUGACCCCUUUACAUUUCGAUAGAGAUCCACUUCAGAAGCAGCCUUCAUGCCAGAGGUCUGUGGUUAUUCGAACCUUUAUUACUAGUGACUUCAUGACUGGUGUACCUGCAACACCUGGCAAUGAGAUUCCUGUAGAGGUGGUGCUAAAGAUGGUCACUGAGAUAAAGAAGAUUCCUGGAAUUUCUAGAAUUAUGUAUGACCUAACUUCAAAGCCCCCGGGAACCACUGAGUGGGAGUAAUAAAUGCUUUGUUGAGGAACUGUGUGUAACUGAGGCUCAUUAGAAACCACUUGUUAAUGGUAUGCAGUACUGUGAAAAAUGUUCGUGAAACAGCUACUUCAUAUCUGAGCUCUCAUAGCAGUGAUCCAUGGCUUAGUGUGGAGCUGAGGAUGAUUAAAAUGGAAGGAAGCGUUAGUGUGUCUGGGUAAAUAAUCAUGGCACCAUUGCCCAAGUGCAGACAGAUUGUUCUUACUUUUGCCUCAGUUAUGUAUAGACCAUUGAUAUCUGUAUAUAACGAUGGAUGACCAGCUUCUGUCUGCUUGCUAGGAACUGUUAGAAACAAAACACCCUUUAAUUACCAGUGUGACUUUCUGUGUGUGCCUUUUGGAGAGUCCAAUUUUUUUUUUAGUUUUUUUUUUUUUUUUUCUUCAGCAGGUGAGGAAACCCUAUUUAUGCCAUAGAAAGGUAUAAUAAAGGUAUUUUGACUUUUUUUUUUUUUUUUUUUUUUUGUGUGUCAUGACACAAGGAAAGUAAAAUGUAAGAUGCUUCAAAGAUGUAGCAUACCAGGGAUUUAUUAUGGAAGGAGUUUAAUGAUACCCCAGCCCUGGGUAAAAAGGAACUGACGACGUUUCCUACGGAUGCCAUGCUUUUCACUGUCAUCUUGUUAAUAUAUAAGCAAGAGCUUUAUCCUUCUGGCCCUGUGUCACUAGUUCCUACAUCUGUGUACAAAGAGUAUUUAAUCUCUCCUCAAGGCUGUCUGAGAACUUGUUCUUUUUCUUUGGGAGAGGGAAUGUUUCUAUUACUUAGGAAAGAGCUGUGUAAAAGGACACCCAAGGUCUGGUCUAUAGACAGGUUUGUUAUUCCUUGCUAAGAAGUCUUGACUGAUGCAGGGUAUUUGCCAACAUCUUUUCUACUAACUUCUGGAGAAGGUUCAAGACCAGGGCAGGACUUGAUUCCAUUGCCAAUAGUUCUCACAGGUUCUUUAUGACAGCCAUACAAGCCUGAGAAAGUAGGCAGUACAAAGUUAAGUUCUAAAAAAUAGUACCAUGUUUCUCUCACUUGCUUUUACCCCAGGUUGCAGUCUGUUGUCUGGUUUAGAAGAUCUUUUCUAUUACUUCAGUACCAGUUUCUACUUAGGAUUCAGUGUUAAAUGAAAACAAAAGUGGAAGUCAUCUUUUUGACUAGUCUAUAGAUAGCCAGAAACUGCUGCUGAACCAAGAGGAAAAGAUCUCUAACAGCAGACAUCCACACUGGAAACACUAUUUGUCUUCUACAAAAGCUGAAGUGUUCAUUGUCCCAGUGAGAAAGUUCUGAUGGCUUUCUAAAAGGAAGAUGUGGUUGAUAGAUUUAGGCAGAUUGAGGGUUCUGUUAUUUCUGAGUGGGAACUGCCAAGUACAGAAUGUUUACCAAAGUAUCAGUGCAUGUUUGAUUACAUAGAAAACCUUGUUCUAGCAAAAGUAUCUGCUGUACACAGCAAGAAUCAGGAAGAAUAUGGGAUGUUCUAACCCUGAAGUUUUUUGUGGCAUACUGAUCACUGCUGGUCAGGUGAUCAUAUAUUCUGGGAAGAGCUGCUUAUUUGUGACUUUAGCAUUCUGGACGUUUGUGGUAUAUAGAAUACUCAGAAAGAUUGGAGUUAAAAUGUAUGUAGUGUUUUUCUCAUAUGUUCUCUUAGAUGACUUUAUGUAAUCCUUAAUGCUGAAAAGAAAAUUUCUCCCAAAAAUAUCUGUACAUCAUAUAGAAACUUUGUGAGACUGAGAGCUAAUUUUCAUGUUUACUAUCUAUUUUUCUAUGUGGUUAUUUUGCCUGUCACAAUAGUUCAUGUGGGCCAUUGAAAAUAGUUACAGUCAAGAAGACAAACAAGCUUAACUUGGAAAUUGUUACCAGUGACUUUAAGAACCAACUGGGAGGGGAGGGAGCUAUUCUUCUGUUAAGUGUAUUCCAGCCCUAAAAGCUCAUAUGGCCUUACAGGCUAUUUACUUUUUGCUUGGAUAGUAACAUUUAUCGCUCGAUAUCCUGGGCAGUUUUGGCUUAUACUAUUAGUUAUUUGGGACACUUACAUAAUUGUGUUUUAUUUCUUCGUAACUAUUAGAGUAAGCGAGAUCUGUGAAAAUGUGAUUUAUUCUAAAAUUGGCAGACCAGAAAACAUUUAAAAGCCGAAUAAAUAAAUCCUAGACCUAUCUUAGGGAACCUAUCAGUGAUGGUCUGUCUAUGGGAUAUAACAACCUCAUAUAUAUUUUUUUUUACUUUUAUUUUAGUUUUUAGUUUUAAGAGUAAUUUAUUAUAUAUAUAUGAGUACACUGUAGCUGUCUUCAGACACACAGAAGAGGGCAUCAGAUCCCAUUACUGAUGGUUGUGAGCUACUAUGUGGUUGCUGGGGGUUGAACUCACGACCUCUGGAAGAGCAGUCAGUGCUCUUAACCUCUGAGUCAUCUAUCCAGUUUGUUUUGAGGACAAGUUUUUAGAUGUAUCUCAGUGAUGGGAUUAUACCAUUUCUCCUGCCCACCCCAUCUUGUAGUAGCUGCAUGCAACCAUAAAUCAUAAAAUUGAUAUCCUUGCUGUGUUAGAACUUAGAUUCUCAUAGCCAAUUUUAGAGAAUAACUGAAUUCUAUUCUGUAUAGAGACUGAAGGUAUUUGGGUAAAAUAGACAAUACUGCCCAUCUUCCUGGUUUUCCUUGCUAUUAAGGAUGUGUUGUCCUGGAAAGAUAUUUAAUCUCAUUGCCUCGUCUUAUGAAGGCCCAACAUCAACCAGACUCUGCAUAGGUCCUCUGUCUCCUUGAAACAGGAUUUAUGUGGCUCAUCCUCAAGUUCAUCAUGUAUUUUUCUACACCACAAGUACUGUCUUCAGUGUUAUGCUACUGGUAAUUGAACCCAGAACCACAUGUGUAUGCCUGGAAAACACUACCAAUUGAGCCUCAUGCCUAGUUGCAUUCCUGGUUAUAAGCAAGAAAAGGCAUGGCAAGAGACAGUGGAAAAGCUGGAUAGCACUUAAAAAAUGAACAAACAACCCCCCCCCCAAAAAAAACGAAAAACAAUAAACACAAACAUUCAUCUGUGGCCACCAGCUGAAGAACAUACCAUCAAGAUUUGGUCAUCUCAGAUUCUUUAAAAAAAAAAAAGCUCAUUUGCAGUGUUUGCAGACUUUCACUUUACUUUGCAUUUUUGGAAGAGCUAUUAGAAUAUAUUUCUGUUUUGACAACAGAUAAGUAUUCAUAACUGCUAACUAUUGGCAGAGCAGGAGCUGGAUUCAGGUUUUCUGAUUCUCUGUUGAGGUUCUGUGUACAACUCAUCAAGAAUAUACUUUCACAGUAUUGCCUCAACUGGGGUUCUGGGGGGCCCAUUGUCUUUCAGAAGUACCAGCAUCCUCCCUCCCAGUGUUCUGACCUUGCUUUCCCACUGCUCCCCUGUGUGAUCCUCCCCAGUCCCCAUUCUUCUAGACUCUGCAGAGUGAUGUUAGAAGGCAAGCCCUCGUUAUUAUUACCUCAGUGAAGGAUAUUCCUUUAAUUAGCCCAAGUCUAGCUUUAAGUACCGGUUAGACGUUUUUGACUUGAGAAUUCCUUCUUGAUUGAAGUAGCUGUACCAGAUGGCAGAGGGAAACUAUCUUUUACUUGAGGCUUUUCUUUCACUGCAGUAAUGGCUUUUGCUACAUCUGCAUAUGUGUUUUUGUUGAGAUUGGGGACCAUUUGUGGUAAUUGAAUCUAGGUCCAGUUGUAGUAUGUUUGUGAGUAUUUAACAGCCAAAUGAGUCCCCAGAAUAUCAAGAUGCCAGCUUUCAACAGUAGGCACGCUGUAUGUAGAAGAGUCACAGCCCAUGGAAAUGUUCACGUUUGCCAACUUUGGUUGCUGCUGUCUGAGGAAUUUAAAAAACAAAAAACUCAAAUCUGACUAAAUUGGGGUGUGUGGGGCACGUGUGCAGAGUUUUUAAGUUUCUCAGAAGGAAAAAUUACUAUUAAGGGAUAUAACUGGUCUAUUGUUAGAGUCAACUAGGUGAGGAAUGUAAACUGGAGAGUCUUGCUGGGAUCCUCAUUAACUAAGUUCAGACCCUAGGUACAGACUUUUGGAUCUCAUUGCAUCUAUGUUCCACAGAAGUUAGACAUACCAGCCUGUGUAGGGAAUCUGAAAGGUAACCGACAUUGUUACCCAUGUUGAGAUCUGUAUACCCCCAUGGACUGAUUUACCCUCUUUCUUCCUAUUUCUUUUUUUUUUUUUCUCUUAGAAGAAAUCUACCCCUGUGUUAUAGCCACCUGCAGUUCUGUGAUUGCUCAGGUCAUAGGCUAAACUAUUCUUACAUAGCUGAAAAAAAAAACUUAGGAACUGUGCAAUUUGGUUAUUAGCAAUUAGAACUAGAAAUACUUCAACUAGUCAUUUAAUAGCACCAUUGUCAUUUUCCUACUAAGAUCUUUGUUUUCUGUGAACCUUCGGGCAGCUUUGACCUUAUUUAGAGUUAGUAAAGACUCAAAAGAGGUUUGUUAUUUCUUUCAUGUGUUAAAUUCAGAAACACCAAAAUAUGAGUUGUUGAAGAACCUGAACUGAGUGGAAUCUAGUGGAGUCACAUACCUUUGAAGAAUACACUUGUACUGUCUUUACAUGACUGUAACUAUUACCACCUGGAUAUUUACAUAAAGUGAAUGUAGACAUCCUCUGAGAAUAUUUUUUAUGAAGUGCUACUUGUUAAUUGAAAUCAAUAGUGUAGUUUUUGUGAAUUGCUCUGUAAUUGCAAGUGACUGCCAUGUAUUUUAUGUUGCAGUAAUAUUGACUAUAAAAUCGCCUUGCUGAAUUAAUGUGAAAUGACUAAAAUCCCUUUUGUCUUCAGUAAAUUUCAUAAAGGCCUAAAUGAUGAUUUCA